AGCACAGCUUGAUUCUCAGCAGUUAAAUGCCAACAUGCUUCAUUAGAGCUAUGAUGUUAUUCCAUUUAAUUUUAUUGUUGUGUAAAAAAAAAAAAAAAAAAAAAAAGAUCGAUAUCACUCUAUCAAUAAAUAGCAGCGCAUACUAUAACAUAACAUUUUGCAUUCUUACAUCAGGCUGAGGAAAAUGGUAAAGCAAAAAUAAACGUGUAUUCAAUCGUCAAAACAUUUGGAGGUGUUUUGCAGGUCCAAACGACGUCACAGCAAUGUCAAAGUGACAAACACACACACACACAAAAAAAAAAAUCAAUUUUCCUCAAUUUGAUUUGAUCCACUGUAGAGUUAACAGAUGCACAGAUUUAGAUUUUGUCUGCGCUGGACCUCGUCUGUUAAUGUGAUCCAAUUGGGUCAAAGUCCGCCAAUAACAAUUUGAAUAAAUCUGUUUGCCUGCGUGGCUUUUCUCCGGGUUUCCCCCCUCAAGUCCCAAAAACACUAAAUUGCCCCUUCGGUGUAAUUGUGCGGGUGACUGCCGUCCGUCCCCAUGUGCCCUGCCAUUGGCUGGCGACCAGUCCAGGGUGUGCCCCGCCUCCUGUCCGAUAACAGCUGGCACUCUCGCGACCCUUGUGAGGAUAAGCGGCUCGGAAAAUGGAUGGAUGGAUAACUGCUCAACGGGGGACUUUUCAGAUCUAUGUCAUAAAAACGUCAUCGUCUGAUGACGCCAUAAAAACGGGCUUGACGUCUGACUUGGAUGUUGGACCGGGCUCUGCCGUCGGUAUUGCGGGCCAAAAACUGUUUGAAACGGACUUCUUGAGUCCUUUAAUGGAAACGAGAUGAACAAAGAACUUUUCCUCUGUCCUUGGCUCUUUUGUGCUCGGCGGAGGUGAUGAGCUUUUGGAUCGCAGACCAGGCAAAAUCCACAAGUAAUUGACGUCGUUGAAAAGUUGAAGAUGCCACCAAGAUGGUGGUCAGGCGCCGCUUUUGUCAAAAUGAAGCUCCUCGGUUUACUUCAACGUAGUUCCGUGUCGUCAUCUUGCUACGUCUGCGCGCGGUCGGGUUUUUCGGACACCACGAUGCGGUGUGAACUUGGAUGUCGGACUCGGACGACAUCGUUUUCAACGGGUCGCCAUCUUCAAAGGUGAUUGGAACGUGAUCAUGUGACACAAGCACACACAGAUAUGAUGCGUGUGUGUGUGCGCGUGUGUUGGUCUCGUGAUCUUGUUGUCGAUCUGCGGGGGACUUCGAAAGGCACGUAAAUGGCAGGCCAACAGGAAGCGGACCCUCCUAAACCAGAUCGAGAUGAAACGUCGGACGAGAUCGUUUUCAACGGGUCGCCAUCUUCAAAGGUGAUUGGAACGUGAUCAUGUGACACACGCACACACAGAUAUGAUGCGUGUGUGUGUGCGCGUGUGUUGGUCUCGUGAUCUUGUUGUCGAUCUGCGGGGGACUUCGAAAGGCACGUUAAUGGCAGGCCAACAGGAAGCGGACCCUCCUAAACCAGAUCGAGAUCAAACGUCGGACGACAUCGUUUUCAACGGGUCGCCAUCUUCAAAGGUGAUUGGAACGUGAUCAUGUGACACACGCACACACAGAUAUGACGCGUUUGUGUGUGUGCUGGUCUCGUGAUCUUGUUGUCAAUCUGCGGGGGACUUCGAAAGGCACGUAAAUGGCAGGCCAACAGGAAGCGGACCCUCCUAAACCAGAUCGAGAUCAAACGUCGGACGACAUCGUUUUCAACGGGUCGCCAUCUUCAAAGGGGCGACCAGAGACAUCGGCUCGGCGCUGACCAGGAUGUGCAUGAGGCAUCGCAGCAUCGAGGCCAAACUCCGACAGUUCACCAACGCGUUGAUGGAGAGCCUGAUCACGCCCCUGCAGGACAAGAUCGAGGACUGGAAGAAGACGGCCAACCAGCUGGACAAGGACCACGCCAAAGAGUACAAGCGGUCGCGACACGAGAUCAAGAAGAAGUCGUCGGACACCAUCAAGCUCCAGAAGAAAGCUCGCAAAGGCCGCGGCGACCUGCAGCCUCAGCUGGACAGCGCCAUGCAGGACGUGACCGACAUGUGCCUGCUGAUGGAGGAGAUGGAGAAGCAGGCGGUGCGGCGGGCCCUGGUGGAGGAACGGGGACGAUUUUGCACCUUCAGCGCUUUCCUGCAGCCCGUCGUGAACGGCGAGAUCGCCAUGCUGGGCGAGAUCACGCACCUGCAGGCCAUCAUCGAUGACCUCACCGUGCUCACCACCGAUCCACACAAGUUGCCCCCCGCCAGUGAACAGGUGAUCAAGGACCUGAAGGGGUCCGACUACAGCUGGUCCUAUCAGACUCCGCCCUCUUCGCCCAGCAGCUCCGGCUCGCGCAAGAGCAGCAUGUGCAGCAGCGUCAACAGCGCCCACAGCAGUGCCUCCCGCUCGUCCGGCGGCGGUGGGGGGCUGGGGGGCGGCGGCGGGGGCUCUCUGCCCCACUCGCCCACCUCCUCGUCCUCGUAUCGCUACCGCAGCAGCCUGCCGUGCCAGCCGGGGGGGCCCGCGGGGGCCAUCGCCGCCCACCGCCUCAGCAGCGUCUCGUCCCACGACUCGGGCUUCGUGUCCCAGGACGCCAACGUCUACUCCAAGCCGCCCUCGCCGAUGCCCUCAGACAUCACCAGCCAGAAGUCGUCCAGCUCGGCGUCGUCGGAGGCCUCCGAAACGUGUCAGUCGGUCAGUGAAUGCAACUCGCCCACCGCUCAGUUCGGCUCGUCCUUCGCUACCUUCCGCCCCGCCCUAUCUCGCUCGGGCUCGCCCAGGCCUCACUCUGUCACCCUUCCCGUCACCGCGCCCCCACCCUUUAGCCGGCCCCCCGGCUCCUGCUCCUCUUCUCCCACAUCCUGGAAGGACUGGUCCAAAGCAGGUGCCUACGAGCAGCCCGCGGCUUCCGCCGCGACCGGCGCCGUCGUCCAGAGGAGGAAGGAACCGCCGCUCGACAGGCUGCGGGAGAGCGAGGGCUCGCCCGGCUCGCCCGGCUCGCCCGGCGCGCCCGGCGCGCAGGGCUACGCCGGCCCGUCCCACGCCGACGACGCCCAGAGGUCCAAGAUCUCCUCCGUUGCCAAGUACGGGGACGAAGCGUCUCCGGUGGCCAGCGACCUGGCCAUGGUUCUGACCCGAGGCCUGAGCGCGGAGCAGCAGAAGAGCAGCCGGGACUCGCUGCAGUACUCCAGCGGGUACAGCACCGAGACCACCACCCCUUCCUGCUCGGAGGACACCAUCCCUUCUCAGGGUUCCGAUUACGACUGCUACUCGGUGAACGGCGACCCCGAAGGCCCCGACGGCCAGACGGACUUCGACAAGUCGUCCACCAUCCCUCGCCACUCCAACAUCGCCCAGAAUUAUCGCCGCAUGAUCCAGACCAAGCGGCCCGCCAGCACGGCCGGCGUGCCCAGCGGGGUCUUGGGCCCCGGGGGCCACGUGGCCCCCCCCCUCGGGGGAUCGGGCACCCCGGGCACCGCCACCAUCCGUAGAACGCCGUCCACCAAGCCGGGCGUGAGGCGCACCCUCUCCAGCGCGGGCCCCAUCCCCAUCCGACCCCCCAUCGUGCCCGUCAAGACGCCCACCGUUCCCGGGGACGCCCACUCAUCCGGGCUCGGCGGGGCGCCGGUCCGGGUGGGAAGCGAGGAGUGCAUCUUCUUGGUGGACGACGCCCAGGGUGCGCUCAAUUACGUGAAGGCGUCGCCCAAACGCCUCAGCCUCCCCAACACCGCUUGGGGGUCCGGGGCGGCCCUGGAGGUCUACGCCCGGCAACAGGGAACCGCGGGGCCCGGCGCCGGCUCCGAAGAGGAAAAGAUGAUCGCGGCCAACCGGCACAGCCUGGUGGAGAAAAUCGGCGAGCUGGUGGCCGGCGCUCACGCCCUGGGCGAGGGCCAGUUCCCUUUCCCGUCCCUGCCGGACGACCCGACGCCGCUCGGCGACGCCCUCGAGGGGGCGGAGGGGUCGUCCGGCGGCGACAUGCUCACCACCAUCCGGAGGGGCGUCCGACUCCGCAAGACCGUCUCCAACGACCGCUCGGCGCCGCGGAUUUUGUGAUCCGCGGGCGGGGCGGCGGACCGAUCCUGCGGCAACUUUUAACUCGUCGGGAAAUCUCAUCGUAUUAAACCAGACGAAUGAAAACAUAGACAAAACGUAAAAAGACGCCGUUAGAGCCCACGCCAUGACAUUUUUAACACGUUAGCACCGUAACUCGUGUGUGUUGGACGCAUGUUUCUCUUCUCUACGCUUACGGAAACGCGUUUGGACAUUUAUUCCGUGUCCUCGGCAUCCGCUUUCAGGUCCGUGUACUACUAGUACGCAGGCAGACUGCUCAACGCAGCGCAUCUAGUGACGUUUUUUUUUUUUUUCGUCUACUCGCGACACCUUUGGCCAAGUAUGAAAGGAAACCUCAUUAGUACUACGACGCUACUAGUUUGAGUAAAGCUACAAGGUCCAACUAGUAGGCAGGUUUCACACACUUUCACGUGUUAUUCUUGAUCUUCAACUUAAGGUCCAUACUAGUAGGUUAACUAUAGUACAUUUUACGACCGAGGCAAAACUGUCCACUAGUACGAUUUUGCACGAGUGGACUCGUGCAGUUUUUCCCUCACGACUCGUGUCUUUUUCCUUGACAAGGCGGAUACGGUCGCAUGGACUAUACCUCCAAGUAGGGCCUAGUAGUGCUACUAGUGUUUACGACUAACAUGGGUGUGCGCACUAGUAGACCAAAUUUAGCAUUAGUAGCGGUACACAAAAACAUUGCCCGUCGUACGUACGCUACUAGUGCAUGGGCCUGGAAGCGAAGUCCAAACUAAAUGCGCAAACGCUUUCCGGUCGGGACCGAACGAAGGACUGAUGGUGCGGCCCGCGAGUGUCACAUGACGUCCCGGUUGUUUCGACUUCACUGAAUCUCGGGAGCCAGCGCGGGGAGCUAACAUCGUGCGCCGCCAUUCAGUCGGCUUGUUGGCAUUGAACUGUGCUGGUGACCCCACCCCCCCCCCCCCGACCCCCCCACGUGCGCCACUGCAGGACAGCCGGCGAGCCAAUGAGGCGUCUUCUUUCGCGUGUCUCCUCUUCUUUCUUUCUUUCUUUCUUUCUCGUUCCUAUCGUGACGUCGUUCUCCUUGUGCGCCGCCUCGAGAGGGCAUCCGGUGAAAAAAGCGAGAUACAUUCAUAUAUAUAUAAAAAAAAAUAUAUAUAUAUAUAUAUAGUAUACAUAAAUAUAUUUUCUAGAACCAGAGAGAAGUGUCCGAAACGCAGCAAUAAGUGUGUUUUAUUUUCUUGCUCGGUGGUGGAGGACGUCGCGCAAAGAAUUGACCGGGAAGUCUUACGCAAGGAAAAGAUGCGAGAGAGCAAGUGAUGAGGAUGAGGGAGGAGGUGGAGUGGAGAUGAAAUACCUCGGCAAAUUAAAAAAAUAAUAAUAAUUGGAUCCAUGUCCAAACAAGUACGGUUUCCCCAACAACAAAAAAUAUUCAACCCACGUGUCAGCCUAACAAAAAAAAAAAAAAAAAACUCGUGUGCGGGUUCAAUUCUUACUGAAAA